AUGAAUACACAACAAGUCCAACCAAUGAUGCUCUCAAAUGGUCAACCGGCUUACUUUAUGGUUCCACCACCUUACAUUCAAAUGCAAGACCAACAUCAAGUACCACAACAAGUUCAAAAUGUAAACCAAAGUGUUCCUGAAACUGAAGUCAAAAUUCCACAACAAGUUGAACAAAAGAAGACACGUUUUCCAUUGCUGAAAGUCCUUUUCUUCGCUGGAUUUAUACUUCCAUUGAUUUGGCCUAUCAUUGUCUUCAAAUAUAUCAAAAGUCAAAGUCAUGACGAAGAAAUCUGGGCUUAUCGAUCACUCUCAGCUUUUCUUGGAUAUUUGGCAUUUGCGUUCUUUAUCACCAUUUUUUGUGUACUUUCGUAA